UGGAGAAUACCUCCAGCCUUCUCAGAUGACUGAUAUUCUCCUCGUGGCCAUUGAGGCCUUGACAGCAGACGACAUCUAUGACAGGCAGAUGGGCAGCAAUGUCCUGGACAUGGCCAUGAGUGACCCUGCCUCCUGGUUGAUGGAUGUGCCAAAGAUCAUGAGGUACAUCCACAGAAACAUGGAGUACAUCCACACGGAGCCAGCCCGGCACAGCCUGGACUCGCUCCUUCUCCUGCUGACCAAGUGGUGCCCCAGGGGAGUGGUCAGGAGCCUGCUGAAGAUCUCUCCAACAUGUGACAGCACUGCCCUGGCCAUGUGGGAGGUGAUGCUCUCCGUGCCUUGGGCGUUGUGGAGCAUCUUGAUGGAGCUGCUUAGUGUGCUCCAGGACCAGCGGCUGCGCAAGGUGUUCAGCUGUGCCACGGAGGACGCCUGCAUCUAUCUCUUGGCUCUGCUGGUCUGCACUGACAUUGGAACCGAGGAGUUUGCUGCCCUGUACAAAGCCCAGAGGUGCCUGAGGCAUCCCAGCCUGGUGAUGCUCUCGCUGGUGCUCAGGGGCCUCAUCACGCUUUCAAAGACACCUGAGACGGCAAGAAAAAUACCGGUCCUGCUGCCAGACAUCGUGGAGACCCUGCAAGAUGCCAACAGUGAUGUCAAGAUGAAGGCCCUGGUAUCCUCAGGAACAUGAUGGGUCACAUGAAGAGGGAGGAGGCCAGCCUCAUCGCUCUGCAGCUGGCGGAGAAACUCCUGCCCCUCUUUGAUGAUGAGUCCAGCCAGGUGCGGGAGCUCUCCAUCAGCCUCUUCAAAGACGUGAUGAAGAGUGUGGUGGGGAGAGACAAGAAAAAGAUGAAGAACAAAGUGCA